AUGGCAUCGAAUGCAGUGACGAUGACAGCGACGUCAAACCCGCGCGAUAAGGUUCUCACUGAGAACAAUGUCUUCGUGAACCUUCGCAAAAUGGAGUACGCAGUGCGCGGACCGCUGUUCACCAGGGCACUGGAGAUUGAAAAAGAGCUACAAAAAGGCGUUGAAAAACCCUUCAAGGAGGUGAUCAAAUUGAACACUGGUGACGCCCACGCGAUGGGUCAGCAGCCUAUCACGUUCCUGCGGCAGGUGCUCACCCUGACAGUUUCGCCAAAUUUGCUCAACGAUCCGAGAUACCCGGAAGAUGUAAAAAAUCGGGCCCGAAUGAUCCUGGAAAAUUGCAAUGGCGGCAGCGUAGGCUCAUACCCGGAGACCAGAGGCAUUGAGUGUAUUCGCCAACACGUUGCACAAUACAUUCAGGAACGCGACGGCGGUAUCCCCUGCAAUUACCAUAAUAUUAUCCUCUCGAACGGCGCUUCUAUUGGUAUCAAG